AUGGGGAUUCUGGCGGCCCGAGCGGAGCAGUGGUUCGUGCCACUGCUUGGCUUCCUUGUCGUUGUCUACUUCAUCAAUAAGCUUGUUGUAUACGCCAGACUAAGACAAUUUAGAGGCCCGCGAUGGACUGGUUUGACCGACUUGCCGCACAGCAAGGCAAUGCUGCACAAUUGCCACGAGUGGUACGCAGAUAUCAGUGACAAAUACGGACCUAUUGCUCGCGUCGCCCCCAAUCUUCUCGUCACUUCUUCACCUACAAUCUGGGCUCACGUCAACAAUAAACCCGGAUAUAAACGCUCUGAUUGGUACUAUCACGCCUGCCGCGUGGAAUAUCGGCGGGACAAUGUCUUCACCCAGACGGAUAACGUAAAGCACGAGCAGAGGAGGAAGCAGAUGGCUCCAGGAUACUCGGGCAGAGAAAACCUCGACCUCGAGGCGUCCGUUGAUAAGCGACUCCAAGAAUUCAUCAAUCUUAUCCGAUCCAAGUACAUCUCAUCUGAUGACCAGAUCCUGCCCAUGGAUCUGGCCAAAAAGGUCCAGUACUUCACCCUUGAUGUCAUCAGUACUGUUGGCCUGGGUAAGCCUUUUGGAAUGCUUCCCAGCGACCGGGACGUCGAUGACUACGUCAAAUCAAGCGAAGAAGGCCUCGUGGCCGCCUCGUUUGCCCUGGCUCUGGGCAUGAGCUGGGUGGCCCAGGCUCCUCUCAUCGGCAGGUUCAUUGCCCCAUCGCCAAAUGACAACAACGGCUUUGGCAAAAUGAUGGCUACUUGCUUCCGCUUUGUUGACGAGCGUACGGCAAACCCCGUUGACAAGCGAUCCGACAUGCUGGCUUCGUUCAUCCGCCAUGGGCUGACGGGCGACGAACUGCGCUCCGAGGCGCUCGAGCAGAUCAUUGCAGGCUCUGACACCACAGCCGGUGCCAUCCGUGGCACUCUCCUCCAAAUCAUGGCAAAUCCUCGCGUAUACUUCAAGUUGCAGCGCGAAGUCGACGAUGCCGUGCGUGACGGCAAGGCUCCGAGCGCGGCAGAUGGCCUCAUCACCAUGGAACAGACAAAACGACUCCCGUACAUGCGGGCCGUAAUCCGCGAGUCACUCCGAAUCUGGCCGCCUGUUGCAAACAUCUUCUCGCGUGAUGUUCCGCCUGGGGGGGACACUGUCAACGUCAACGGGGAGGACGUCUUCCUGCCAGGCGGGACUUGCAUCGGACACUCAUCAUGGGCGAUGCACCAUAGCAAGGAAACGUAUGGCCAGGACGCCAAGAUGUUCCGCCCAGAGCGGUGGUUUGAGUCGGAUCCUGAUAAGCUGGCGGAAAUGACUCGAACCAAUGAUUUGGUUUUUGGCCAUGGCAAGUUCCAGUGCUUAGGGAAGCCAGUUGCACAGCUUGAGAUUGGGAAGCUGGUAUUCGAGCUGAUGCGCAAUUUCGAACUGUCACUCCUGAACCCGAUGCGUCCAUGGGUUACUCGAAACGUGCUUGGCCUGUUCGCAAUUUCGGACAUGUGGAUUCAAGUGAGAGAGCGAACAGACUUAUCGUAACGAACUAAUAAUGUCGAGUUGAUGAUAACGUGUACUCUAUGCACGGUAGUAUGGCUAAGUAGAAUGUUUGGAGGUUCAGGUCCUAGCAGAGAUCAGGAUGGUUACGUUAAGCAACGCGAUGACUGAAUGGGAGUUUGACCAAGAACGACAUCCA